AAUAGACAACAACUUCACUUCACUCAAACGUCAGUCACCCUUCAAUACUAAUGUCAUUUUUAUAAAAACAUUUUACAAUUUAAAUAAAUCUUUUUUACAAUGCCUAUCGAUUGCCAAAGAUCCACGUCCGGCGGGAAGGGGAACAUAGGUCUCUUCAUGGAGAGAAACCCCAAGGUCUGCGCUGCUGGUAUACCGACCGCCCAACCUGAUGAUAAGGUCUCCGAUUCCCUCCAACAUUACCUCCUGAAGGACGAAGCUGAUGCCCUCCUCAGCGACGCCAUCCACCCUCCAAAACCUCCCAGACCCUUACCACCUCUCAGACACCCUCCGAAGUUGGAUAUGCGAUAUGCUUACCGCGGACACGUUGCUCAGCUUGUCAACCCACCACUCGAAACGAAGUAUCAUGAAAUAGCUCAUAAUUUAAAAGAAUCCGUGUAUUCAUCUUAUUGGACGAAGAGGUUAGCGCAGUCUAAAGACCCAGUACCUAUGCUACCUGAGGGCUUUGAUAUAGAAGGCACUACGUUCGGUAAGAAGACGGGAAAUCAUGAGAGUUUGUAUGAUCUCGUCAUGCCUAAAGUUCCUUUACUUGAUAAGACUCCGCGCGCUAAGCAGUUAUCUGUCCAACAUGAUAGGAACUACUGCAGGCCUCCUUAUAGCCCAAAUUUAACAUAUGGACAUAGGACAGGCCGCGACGAAAGGGGGAGAUCUACUAAAUGCUGUCUUACUGAUGAUAAAGUCACGGUUGGUACAAGCGAUCGCGAAAUUGUAAACAGUGUUUUAGCUGAUUACAAGACCUUUUCAAAGCCAAAAGUAGGAGGUGCUCUAACACCUUGUAAUAAUAUUAAUGAGGUCCGCCAAGGACAUGCCUUCGGGAUUAUCAGGCGUCCUGACAGCGUAGCGGAGUGUUUAACGAACUGCAAGAUUAACCCAGAGAAGGAAUACAUUAAGAAAUGCUUUAACCAUCUUAAUAAACUUAGACGCGUUCUAUCAACUCGAUACCUACCAACCUUCUUUGGGAAUUUCUAUCUAGGACUUCAAUUCUUAGAUAAAGAACGCACAGGAUGGCUCCCAAAAGUCGUCGUAUACGACUACGCGGCUACAAAGUUCAUCAGAUUCGACGCAUCGCUGAUAGAACCUCUACUCUUACUCUGGAACGCUUUCGACGGGCAACAGAUAGAAUAUAAAACAUUCGUCCGCGCCAUAAACUACAGAAUACCAUACGCAGAAACACCCAAGUUACCCGACUUCCCUGACGCGUGUAUAGAUUACAGAACAACUUAUACAGAGAUGGUGAAGCCUGACCAGCCUCCUGACUGCUCGCCGAUGGCAGGGCUGCCGUCAGGUAGAUAUUUCGACUUGUAUUUCCCGAUAACUCCAGAGUACUACUCAACCGCCGACAGGGUUUUUCUUCCUCAUGAGACAGACGUGAAAGCCUGCAUAGACCCUACCAUCAUGACGUUGUUUCACGUGAACCAUAGAGAUAUGUACGCGAAGCGAGCACCAGAGGUCGUUCGACGGGUUUUCGAGAACAUCGGGGAGCAGUUUACUGAUGAGAGGUUUAAUCAAGUCUGGGAUGAAGCGAAGAAGUAUCAUUCUGAAGGCUGGGUGUGUUUCGAGACCUUCAAGCGCGCUUUGGAGGCGGCAAUACCUGGCAGCAAGGAUUAGGAC